AUGGCAGCGAAGACCGACACUGUUUUCACCGCUGGACCAUACGCCGGGCUGGCGAUGAAAACGUUUAUCACUGCCGCACUAUCUAACUGCAUAUUUGUUAAACUCUGGCAGAUAGUUGUAAUUGAUGAUAUAUGGGAUAAAAGAGCAUGGCAGACUAUUGAGCUUGCAUUAUUGGAUAAUGAUUGUGGGAGCAGAAUAAUCACUACAACACGUAGUGUUAUGGUUGCAUCAUUCUGUUCUGCUCAUGGUGGUUCAGUUUAUUAUAUGGAGCCUCUUAGUUCCAAUGAUUCAAAAAGGUUAUUUUUCAGAAGAGCAUUUGGUUCUGAGAACUCAUACUAUCCUCAUCUAGGAUAUGUUCCGCAUGAGAUAUUAGGAAAAUGUGGUGGUCUUCCAUUGGCAAUUAUUACUAUAUCUAGCAUGUUAGCCGAUCAGCAUGCAAAAGCUGAAUGGGAGAGGGUGCUAAAUGCAAUAGGUUCUGGACUUGCAAGAGACCCGGAUGCAGAGAGAAUGACAAAUAUAUUAGCACUCAGUUAUUUUGACCUUCCCCACAAUCUGAAAACAUGUUUAUUGUACCUCAGCAUAUUCCCAGAAGAUCAGACAAUUGAGAGACAAUGCUUGAUAAAUAAAUGGAUUGCUGAAGGAUUCGUUUGUGAUGAAAAAGGUCGAAGUGCAUAUGAAACUGGUGAACGUUAUUUUAAUGAUCUCAUUAAUAGAAGCAUGAUCCAACCUGUUGGUGUAAUUUAUGGUCAGGCCAAGGCAUGUAGAGUUCAUGACAUUAUUCUUGACUACAUCAAAUGCAAGGCUGCUGAAGAUAAUUUUUUAACCUCAUUAGAUGCUACUGAUCAUGGAUACCCUUCAGAAUACAAGGUUCGUAGGCUCUGUGUCAUUAACAAUGACGAAGAAAAAGCAACCAGAAUGACAGGCCUAGUUUUGUCUCACGUCCGAUCACUUACAAUAUUUGGACAUCCUGUGCAAACUUCUUUCUCUGCUUUCACUGUUCUUCGUGUGUUGGACCUAGGCAAUUGCAGUGCUCUGGAAAACCAUCAUCUUUCAAGUAUUAAAAAGCUGUUCCAUCUGAAGUACUUACGUCUUGGUUCACAUUCAAUAACUUAUCUCCCAGACAAAAUUGGAGAAAUGCAAUAUCUAGAAACAUUGGAUGUACAAGAUACUCAGAUUAAAGAGUUGCCAUCAUCAAUCACAAAGCUUAAACGAUUGGCCCAUCUGUAUGUUGAUUCAGGAACUAGAUUUCCGAAUGGUAUGAUUGGACAGAUGCAGAGCAUGGAAGAGCUAUGCAAGUAUGGACUUGUAUCUUACGAACAAGGAAAGACCGUGAAAGAGUUCAAUAAGUUGACCAAGCUGAGAACCUUAGAUAUUAGCUGGAAUUUUAAUUGGCCAGAUAGCUCAGAAGAAAGAACUAAAGCUGAGAACUUUCACAAUAAUGUGGGAAAUUUACUAUCUUGUUGCAACCUUCACAAUCUGCAUAUUGUGGACACUUCUGAUGAGCAUUACCCACUGUCACUCGAUUCAUGGCGCCCUGCUUCUCCUUGUAGCCUCCGUAAGCUCCACCUGAAAGAAUGUCCCAUCUAUAAGGUGCCAGAUUGGAUCCCCUGUCUUGGAAAUCUGGGUGUGCUAGAACUGUAUAUCAUCUGUAUGAUACCAGAUGAUGUCAAAAUUCUUGGAGCAAUACGCAGUUUGCUCUUUCUAGAACUAGGCACCGCUGGAGCCACCAACGGAAUGAUCAUCUUCAAUGACAUCAAUGGAUUUAGAAAUCUCAAAUAUUUUUCACUGACAAUUGAUGCUUGUGGGACUGCCCUUAAGUUUGAAGCAGGAUCAAUGCCAAUGCUUGAACAUCUCAAGCUUCGGCUCCCUGUGCAUAAGAUGAAGUGCUUGAAUGGUACUUCUAAUUUUGGCAUCCAGCACCUGUCUGAACUUAGCAAGCUCGAGGUCGAAAUUAGAUGCAUCUGUGACGAUGAAAUUUCUGGUGUUGGAGAAAAUGACGGUAUUUCUGAAGAUGUAAAAUGCGUUUCAAGUUCCAUUAAUACUGCCGUUCAGACACUUCCCAACCAUCCUACUGUCAGAAUUGAAACAAGGUCGGAUAAUGGCUGUGCACAUUUCAAAUUUCGUUUGAAGAGGUAUAAUAUGGAGUAUGGGAUAUUCAACGAGUGGCUCAAAAUUUGGCACAUCGAAGAGGGGCAGGAAGAGCAACUAACUGCAGAGACUGAACAAGAGGCUCAAGAAAGGAUAGACUUGGAGAUGCACAUUCAAGGAAGCCGUCAGAGAAACGAUUUCAAUCGACAGUGGCGGUGCACAAGCUUGAUGCUUAUACCACUGGGAGUCAUUGCUAUGUUCAUGAGUUAUGGGAAAUAUCGUAUUUUUGUCACCUUAGUGAUGGGACUCUUGAUGUAUUGCCGUUAG